AACUUUUAUUUUUCUAUCUUGAAUUCUUCUGUUUUUCCCAAUUUUUUUCGGAAAUUCACAUGUAUUGUGAUUCAGUCAAAUAUUUUACUUAUUUUAGUUACAAAUACAGUUUGAAAUAGAAUAUUUUCCACUUUAAUUUUGUGUAUGACGGCAACUUUUAUGUGCUAUUGCUGCUGUGAAAAAGAAAAGUGAAAAACACAUUUGUUGAAUUGCAAAUAAUAAUCGAGGUGGCCAAUUGCUUGUUUUGAAUUGACCAACAAACAAUUCACCGACCAAGAUUUAUUGCACUCAUAAUUUUAAUAAUCGAAUAAUGGAACGACGAAUAAAAUUACAUACGCUAAAUAAGCACAUCACUUGUGAAAUAUGCAGCGGCUACUUCAUUGAUGCAACUACAGUGACGGAGUGCUUGCACACAUUUUGUAAAAGUUGCCUGGUGAAACAUUUGGAGGAGAAUAAUACAUGUCCGAGAUGUGGGAAUGUAAUUCAUCAAUCGCAUCCGCUUCAGUACAUUAGUUUUGAUCGAACCAUGCAAGAUAUCGUUUAUAAAUUGGUACCAAAUUUACAAGGAGACGAAAUGAAACGUGAACGUGAAUUUUACAAGAGCCGCAAUUUACCGAAUCCAAAAGAUCAACCGCAAAACAUUGAAGAUGAUGCAUUUGAUCGAUUAAAUGAGAACACACACGUUGAAUCCGAUUAUCAUCGACAAGACGAGCAAGUCAAUGUUUGUCUCGAGUGCAUGAGCAACAAUUUAAGUGCAUUGAAACGACGUUUCUUACGGUGCAGCUCACAAGCAACAAUUACACAUCUCAAGAAAUUUGUUGCGAAAAAAGUUUUAAACGGGAUUGAAAGAUACAAAGAAGUGGACAUACUCUGCAACGAUGAACUAUUAGGCAAAGAUCAUACUCUUAAAUUCGUAUAUAUCACACGAUGGAGAUUUCGGGAUCCACCACUUCGAUUACAAUUUCGACCUCGGAUUGAGCUUUAAAACUUUGAUCAAUUGAUCACCCAUUUUUUUUUUUGAAAAUGAAUUCUAUCUAUGUUUUUAAAAUUGUAGCUGUACUAUAAUGUACAACCGGAAUUCCAACGAAUUUGUGUAAACAGAAUGAUAAUGGAAGGAUCCCUUCUUUACAUACAUCUGAUUUUAAGAUGAUUUAUCUAUAAAUCAAUAUAUUCGAUAAGAGAAUCACAAAGUUAAUAAAUGAAGAUAAAAAAAACGGGAUAUUGUAUAGUAAAAAAUGCGAACAAGCACGAGUGAAAAACUAUUCACACGAAAUUGUAUGUGAGUGUAUGAAAAUUGAAUGUAAAUGUGUAUUAAAAUUUUAUUUUAAAUCCAUUUAUCAAGAGGAUGAAAAACAAUUGAAAGAUUCAAAUCACUUUUAACUAGUGGUUUUAUUCAAUGUGAAAAUAUAUCUAUACUUUGAUUAUGUAUGAUACAAUUUA